UGUUUAUUGGGCUUUUGAGCUAGUAAUAUACAAAUUAACUAGUCAGUUCCGUGUUGUAAUAAGUAUUACUUUUACUUUCAUUUUUUUAGCGACAGAGCUAUUUAAAAGAACAGGAAAUAGCAGAUUAAUUUGAAAGUAUGGCCUAGAUUUACCCAGAUGUCUAGGAAGGAACAACUUUGAAAUAAUCCAAUUCAAGUGGAAACUAAUACAUUUGGGAGGACCAUGUCAUCUGUGUGGAUAAUAUUGCUUCUACUAGUCAUGCUGUGUCCUGUCAUGUCUACUGGUAGUGGAUGUGUUCUUGGAAUUAUCAGAAAAUCUGUAAUAAUUCCCUGUGAAUAUAGAAAUGAAGGAGUAUUGGAGAGGAAUAGUAUUGCAGUUGAAUGGAGGACACCUGACAGCUUGAUAGUACACAGCUUUCUACAUGGAGAAGAUCAACUGGCGAAUCAAGACCCACAGUAUAAAAACAGAACCAAGUUUUUCAAAACUGAAGUGGAACAUGGCGACUUCUCUCUCAAACUGUCUGAUAUUAUACCUGAAGAUGGGACAGACUAUAACUGCUUCUUCCAUAAGGAUGGUUGGUCUACAUCUAAACAUGUGGAUGCAAUAUGUCUCAUUGUUGCAGACCAUUAUACAGAGCCUUUUUUAAGUACAUCAUCUCAUAGGGAGAAUAGUGAAGAAGUGAGUUUCACCUGCACAUCCAGCAAUGGAUUUCCAAAGCCCAUAGUCCAUUGGUUCAUUAACAAGAAAGAGAUCUUUCCGGAACCUGGCAGAGAAAACAUUGUCUUUGACAAAGAUCCUUCCACUGGGAGUUUCACUGUGACCUCUAUCUUGACUGUGAAUGUAACUCAGGACCUCACUGUGACCUGUGCCAUUGAAAAUGAAAGACUCAAUGAGACACGAACUUCAGCUGCAAUUUACUACAGUAAACAAAAACCAGACAAUUCACAACCUGGAUCAAACACUGGAGUGAUCAUUGGAGUCUGUGUGGCACUUGCUAUAGGAACUUUAGGAAUAGUAGUGUUUCUGAUAUACAGAUGUAGAAAUAUGCCUCGGAGACAGCAGCCACAGGAUGGACCUGAAGCCACCUACACUGCUGUUUCUACUUCAUAAGUUUAUUCCAUAACCUACCCACGGAAAAUUUGUAAAAUGCUCUGGAUUGACGUGUUCCAGUUCCCGCGAAUAUCCAG